GAACGGGAAGGCUAAGACGGGAGGCCCACACUCCUGGCAGGUAAAUCCAGAGCUCCGAGAGGCCUGCAAUGCUCCGGCUUCCGGGGAGGACUUGGCCGUGGUGAAGAGGAGCCACGGGCCCUGCAGCCAGAACAAAGGACAAACAAGAAGAAAGACCCUCUGAGAAAAGACUGUGACAUCCUGCCUCUGUCAGACCUCAGAGAAAGUCGCCGUGUCUUCCCCAGGGUGUGCGGCCGGGUCGGCAUCCAGGUUCGGGGACCAGCGGUGAGAAAAGGCAGCCUUAAAGACCCAGCAUCCUGGGAAAGUUGGAAAUCCGGUGAGAAGACCCCGCAGAGCUGGCCGUGAGCGCACACUGUUGGAAAACGGGCCACACGCUUGCCCGACCCAGCGUGGCCCCGCCUUCGAUGUGUGAGACAGACAGACAGACACAUCCACCAUCUCUGGAGCACCACGAAGCCAGCUGUGUCAGUACAUGGCAGGCACGUGGCGCACAAUAGCUCCCUGAUUCCACACCAGCAUCUUAGGAAACAGGUGCCCUCCUCGACACAUGGUAACUGUCACCUGCUCGGUCGCUCGGUAGCUGUGUGGCUGUCAGGGGUCAGUGAAAGCUGCCCUUAAGUGUCUCCGCUUCCGUCUCGACAAUGGGGAUCCUGGUGGGACCGCGCUCGGGUGGUUGUGGGGAGCUGAGGGGUUGGCUCACCGAAGGUCAGCCCAGGGCCUGACAGAAGGCUCAGUGGGGUGCCGUAUGACAUGCCCGCAAUAACCGGGCGUGCUCCUCCCCCCACCCCACCCCAUCUCUCCUCAAUGCGAGAAGCUGUGCAGGGGGCUGGCACCCUUCAGCAAUGGCGACCAAGCGGGCGGAACCAGUCACGAUCAUCAGCCUUCGGAAGUUGAGCAUGACAGCCCCAGAACCACAGCCGAAAGAGACAAAGACCUUCACCGUGGAGGAUGCCGUGGAGACCAUCGGCUUUGGACGUUUCCACAUCGCCCUGUUUCUGAUCAUGGGCAGCACGGGGGUGGCUGAGGCCAUGGAGAUCAUGCUCAUCGCUGUGGUGUCCCCGGUCAUUCGCUGUGAGUGGAGACUGGAGAACUGGCAGGUGGCCCUGGUCACCACGAUGGUGUUUUUUGGCUACAUGGUGUUCAGCAUCCUUUUCGGCCUCCUGGCAGACAGAUACGGCCGCUGGAAGGUAGGUUGGGCCUUGCUCCCUGCCCAUCUCUGGGCUGACCCUCCCUCGGGUGCCUACUUCUCCCUGCUGACCUCCUUCUCGCCCUCCUACGGCUGGUUUGUCUUCCUGCGGACCAUGGUGGGCUGUGGCGUGUCCGGCCACUCACAAGGGCUCAUUAUAAAGACGGAAUUUUUGCCCACGAAAUACCGCGGCUACAUGCUGCCCUUGUCUCAGGUGUUCUGGCUGGCCGGCUCCCUGCUCAUCAUCGGCCUGGCCUCCGUGGUCAUCCCCACCAUCGGCUGGCGCUGGCUCAUCCGAAUCGCCUCCAUCCCUGGCAUCAUCCUCAUCAUGGCCUUCAGGUUCAUUCCUGAGUCGGCCCGCUUCAACGUGUCCACGGGGAACACACAGGCUGCCCUGGCCACACUGGAGCACAUCGCCAGGACCAACCGCUCAGUCAUGCCUGAGGGAACACUGGUGGAGCCCGUCCUGGACAAAAGAGGAAGAUUUGCAGAUCUUCUGACUCCCAAAUACCUGCGGACCACGCUGCAAAUCUGGGUCAUCUGGCUCGGCAUCUCGUUCGCCUACUACGGGGUCAUUCUGGCCAGCGCGGAGCUGCUGGAGCGCGACCUGGUGUGCGGCUCGCGGCCGGAGUCCGAGGUGGUGGUGGCCAUGGGGGACUCAGAGGAAAGUAGGAGCCCCUGCUACUGCCACAUGUUUGCCCCGUCCGACUACCGCACCAUGAUCAUCAGCACCCUGGGCGAGAUCGCACUGAACCCCCUGAAUAUCCUCGGCAUCAACUUUCUGGGCAGGAGGAUCAGCCUGUCCAUCACCAUGGGCUGCACCGCCUUGUUCUUCCUGCUCCUCAACAUCUGCACGUCCAGCUCUGGGCUCAUCGGCUUCCUCUUCAUGCUGAGAGCGUUAGUGGCCGCCAACUUCAACACCAUCUACAUCUACACGGCUGAGGUCUACCCCACCACCAUGCGUGCCUUGGGGAUGGGGACCAGCGGCUCCCUGUGUCGCAUUGGUGCGAUGAUGGCACCCUUUAUAGCUCAGGUCCUCAUGAGCGCCUCGAUCCUGGGGGCCCUGUGUCUGUUCGCCUCCGUCUGUGUGGUGUGCGCCAUCUCCGCCUUCACACUCCCCAUCGAGACCAAAGGCCGGGCCCUGCAGCAAGUCAAAUGAAGACCAGCACAUGGAGGAGGAGCGGUCUCUUGCUCACGGACUGGUGGCCUUUCUCUCUUCACUGUUAUCUGUAGUUGACUAGGUGAUCAGGCAAUGGAUUCUGUAUUCAAAGACUAGUGGGCGUGGGGUAGGAAGUGGUGCACUUAUCUCAGCCAUAAAAGAUGUCAAUAACUUUUAUAAAAAGCUUACUGUAAAAGUAUGCUGUCUUAAUGAAUAAAUGCUCAGACAACCCCGUCA